UACAUUCCGUCGCGAAGCUUAUUUGGCGCACUACCUUCCUUCCGCAGGGAAUAACUGAACGUUUAGAAAACUUCGCGGAAAGACAAUGAAGCCAAAUUCAGUUCAUGACUUUAUUGUUAUAUCUUUAUGUCUUUUUUCACAGUUUGUUCGAGGGCUGGAGGAUUGCAGAAGUGGAAUGUAUCCACCUAAAGGACCAACGUUUAAAGGUAAUGUGACCUGGUACACUGUUAAUCUCGAUUUGCCUCCUAGUGAGAGAUGGACGCAAGUGAUCAAAGAUAAAAACACAGAGUUGAUCACAAUGGUACAAACAAUAAAAGACCUGGCCAAGGGCUUUUUAGAUGGAAAACUUGUUGAUUUAGUAGACGAGGAGCUGCCUUUGAUUGUGGAUACACUUCCACAACCUUUCAGUGAUGAAAUUAAGGGAAUAGCAGCUGUUUCUGGCAUCCCUCUAGGUGAAAUUACACUGUUCAAUAUCUUUUAUGAGGUUUUCACUGUUUGCACAUCUAUUGUUGCUGAAGACUUUAAUGGAAAUAUUUACCAUGCCCGGAAUUUGGACUUUGGACUGUUUAUGGGGUGGGAUCGACAGAAUAAAACCUGGACUUUAACAGAGAAGCUUAAGCCUCUUGUGGUGAAUAUCAAUUUCCAAAGAGGCAACAAAACCAUCUUUAAAUCAACAAACUUUGCUGGAUAUGUUGGCAUACUUACUGGAAUUAGACCUGGUGAAUUCAGUCUAACAAUGAAUGAGCGUUUCAACCUUGAUGGGGGUUAUGUAGGGAUUCUGGAAUGGAUUCUUGGAUGGAGAGAUGGAAUGUGGAUGGGUUUUCUCACUCGGAAAGUUCUGGAAAAUGCUACCAGUUAUGAGGAUGCCAAAGACCAGCUCUCUCUGACGAAACUGCUUGCACCAGCUUACUUCAUCUUGGGUGGGAACCGUUCGGGUCAGGGUUGUGUGAUAACCAGGACGAGAAUAAACACAUUAGACAUAUGGGAACUUGAUAUGAAGCUUGGGCGAUGGUACGUCCUGGAAACAAACUAUGAUCACUGGGAAGAGCCUAUGAUAUUUGAUGACCGCAGAACACCAGCAAUGAAGUGCAUGAAUCAAACCACACAAGCGAAUAUUUCUCUGGCAUCAAUAUAUGAUGUUCUGUCUACAAAACCAGUUCUUAAUAAAUUGACAACCUACACGUCACUGAUGGAAGUGUCAGCUGGAUCUCUGGAGUCUUAUAUCAGAGAUUGUCCAAAUCCAUGUACGCCAUGGUGAUCUGCCAUCAAAUCUGAAUUAACUAAGGUGUAUGAAAUACUGUUCUAGAUCUGUCAUUACAGGGCAGUGUAUAAGACAAGGAGGAUGUUAAAAAUCAUAAUGGUUGCAAUUCUGCCUCUGAACGUGCACAUCUCUCUUUUCAUGGACACGUCUGUUGUAACUGAUUUACCACUGCAACAUUUGUGCAAUUGUGCAAAAGUAUAACUGUUUCUUUUGCAUAAUAAACUCU